ACGCGACUCACGGCGUCACCCUGCUCCUGCGGUGAGGAAGACACCUCAAACAUUGCUUUCUUGCAAUGUCAUUGUGAGAUACAGAGAGACUCGAAGGGCAACCAUUUUAGAAUCUGUUAAGGUCUCUAAGAAGGCAACCAUUGAUCGUCAAAACUGUCAAGGACUUUAAUCUCUGCUCUAUUGGCAUUGCACCACAAUGAUGGAGGCAUACCCCUACGAGAUCCUGCCUGGACUGUGGAUUGGCAAUGCAGACGUGGCAAAGGCGGAUGACACUCGCCACCAAUAUUCGCACGUGCUGAAUAUGGCAGCUGGAUUGGAACCGCUGCCUUACGAGCAGCAGCAGUAUUUGCACAUAAAGCUCGAAGACUUGGAUGACAUCACCCCUCACCUGGACACGAUCUACGCUUUCGUGUCCAGCGGGAUGGACCAUUCCGGUUCUGUUUUGGUGCAUUGCGCAAUGGGGAAGAAUAGGUCGGCAGCUGCGUGUUUAGCGGUGCUUGCCAAGAGGAGGAAAAUCAGCACACAGAAAGCUCUCAAGUAUCUGCAGAGCAAAGCGCCGUUCGCAAGGCCUGCGCUUUGGUUCCAACAGCAGGUAGCAGCGUGGUUGGGGGAGUCCUCCCCUGCUGACGGGGCGCUGGCUAAGUUCAAGCAGCGGCUUCAACUGCGCAAGUCUGGGAAUGCUGUAGAUCCUAUGCAGUUGUACUACCAGCAAUGCCUCUCGAGUUCCGUCGACAUAUCGCACUCAGUUCCUCGCAGGACACGCUCACGCAACAGUGGAAGCAAUGGAAAAAGCAGGCAAUUAUGGAGAUACCAGCUCGUGAACGGGCUGGAGCAGGUGUUGUACGACGUCUUCUCGCAGCACCUCGGCGUGGCGCGUGCCGCCACUGCAGCCAUGCGCCUUGGAAACAAUUUCCUGGGAUCGCUCAACUACGUAUGGCCUGCCCAGGCGACUCAGCUGGCCGUUCCCCGCUCGGAAGCUGGCUGCGCCCGUAGCCUGAUUGGGCCGCUUGCAGCGAGGGGGUCGCGGGCCUGCUUUUGA